GAUAAAAAAUAAAUAAAAAAGUUUCCUAACUGCUUUAGGCUCAUUGUCUCUACCAUGUUUGUUGACCAUCACCAGCUGACUGGCGAGUGACGUAUAGAAGGUCUUGCACACAAACCUCUUAUACAGGAAUCCGACAUACAUACAGCUGGUUCGUAAUAUUAACAUACAAGAACUAGUUUGUGAGGCGGAGCGGUGGGCAGGGAGUAAUGCGUACCAAGCCAUGUGCCUUAAAGGAGCGCAGGGCUCCCAAAUGAAUACCUGAUGCAAGUGAUAGCAGUGCAUCCAAGAAAAGGAAAACAAUUACAAUGGAAGUGAAAGUUUAUGUAAUUAAACUUUCUGAAAAAGGCAAAACGCCCUCAGUCAUAUGUAAAGCAUUGAGCUUCAGUUGGUCAAUGAUCAGAAUAAUUUUGAAUGAUAAACAGAAAAUUCUUCAACAUGUAAAAGGAUCUACAGUCUACACCAAUACACUCAAUUGUGACAACAAAACAAAGAAGUGGAUUGUUAAUUGAAGUAGAAAGAUCAUUAGUGAUAUGGGUGGAAGGUCAGCCAGCCCAAGGUUUUAAAUGUGAAGGCUGAGCUUGAACAAGUGAUUAGACAAUAAGAUGAAAUCAUCAUAACUAAGCCUCUUAUGUCUGCCUCAUCUGCUUAUCAUGACACAUUUUGCUGUAGUUGUGGUUUUAUCCCUGGUGAUGUGGGGCUUAUCCAUGGCAGAGAACAACCACCACUUACUUCUCUUUUCUGAGAUAACAACUGCAUCUUCAGAAGCACCAGGAGCCACAACUGAAGAGGAUUGGAGCAACAUUGAUCAUAGAAGCCACAAAGAUGUUGACAAUAGUGAGGUUUCUCUGGAAAGUAUUUCUGUGAAAGGAAGUUUGCGUAUGGUGAAACACUUCUUCUUGUGGACACGAAAAAAUGCAGGCAACAGUUCUUACGAAAUUCUGGACCCCACUAAGCUCAUCACCAUUAUAAACAGCAACUUCAGUGCACGCCAGACAUUUAUUAUUAUCCAUGGGUUUCUUGGCUGGGGAAAUGAGGCAUGGAUUCUCCAAUUGAAAGACAAGUUGUUGAACAUGUCAGAUUGUAAUGUAAUAUCAGUGGACUGGCCAGCUGGAAGUGAAUGGAUUUUACUGACUUACUACACUGCUGUGAAGGAUGUUCCAUAUGUGGCACAAGACACAACCCUUCUUCUUGAGAAUUUAGUAACUCAGAAGGCAUUAAACCUGAAAUAUGUACAUUUCAUAGGGCAUUCUUUGGGUGCCCAUGUAUCUGGAUUAGCAGGAAAACCCUUUAAAGGAGAAAUUGGCCGUAUCACAGGUUUGGACCCAGCUGGACUAGAGUAUCAUCAGGUGCCAGCAAAAGAACGUAUAGAUUCCUCAGAUGCCAAGUACGUGGAUAUUAUGCAUACCAAUGGCUGCUACAACUUCUGGAACCCAUGGGGGGAUUGUUAUGGCAUCAAUGAGAAUAUUGGCCACAGUGAUUUCUGGCCUAAUGGAGGAGAGCAUCAACCAGCUUGUCAGAAAGUUAAUGGCGAAAUUGGUUGUGACCAUGAAUUGGCAUACAAAUAUUAUAUUGAAAGCCUUGACUAUGGGAUCGACAGCACAUUAUUCUUAGCCCGGAAUUGCUCACACUGGAAAGAGUACGAGGCAGGUAACUGUUCGUGUGGAGAUGAUGCUCAAUACAUGGGCUACUUCGUCAAUACCAGAUUGGAUGGCAUAUUUUAUCUGACCACAAAGUCCAGUGAGCCCUUUGCUAAGAAAGAUGCUGUGUGUUUACCAGGCAGUGCUUACAGUGACCGCAUUAAACGCCUUUUCAAAAUUGUGGCUGCAUCUUUCUCAGGUGUGGCGGCAAUUAUAGGUGUUGCUGCAGUGGGAAUCACCAUGCAGAGACGAAGAUCUAGGUUAUUGAAGAGUGGCUUACUGACAGAUGAGGACGAACAAGUCGAGAAGGAUAAUGACGAUGAACUGGUAGAAGCCUGAACAAUCUUCAUGUAAUUCUCAAUCUAUAAAGUAUAUCUUCAUUUCUUAUACUAUUGUACAGUACAGUAAACCCUUGCUAUUCGUGGAUUUGCAAUUUAGACUUUGUGGUAAGCAGUUGGUGGCCAGCUUAUGAGCCUCUCCUGUAGUGCAAUGAGUCACUCCCAUAUACUCAGCUCCUUCCUCUCCCUUUGUUUGCACUCGACCAUUGCCUGAGACACAGCAUAUCUUGUGUUGUACGUACUCAAAAUUUUAGUGUUUGUAUGAAAUGUCCCCUAAAAGACUGCCUAGUGUCAGUGGAGUAAAGCGCUUAGAGACCUCAAAGCCAAGAGGAAACAACUGCCGCUCACAAUGUUUUUAAAAAAAGAACCAGCAGCUCGCCCAACUGAUUCAUCUCCGUCGCCUACUCGGUCAGCUGCUGCCGCCGCCGCCGCUCCACCCGCCAUCACUCUCCUCCAACAAUGAUCCUGAUGAACCGCCUAUACUUCAGUAAUCAGAUUUCAUCCAACUGUACAGUACACUUCAUCAAACUCCAAACUUCCACAUACGAGGAGAGUAGUAUUGGUGACUAAGUUUCUCUUUCACAGUAAAGGUAUAGUACAGUACAGUAGUGCAAUAAGGUAGUAUAAGUUGCUAUUCGCGAUUUUGCCAAUUUGCGUCAUUCCUUGGAAACUAACCCCUGCAAAUAGCAAGGGUUUACUGUAGUAUAGUUUUUCAUAUGAGUAGAGUAACUGAAAAUAAUUUUUUAUCAUAUUGAUUGUACAAUACAGGAUGAAUUUAAAAAAUCCAGACUCACAGGUAUGCUGAACUAUUUGUUUAUUUCAUGAAAUGUGUAGUUGCUAAACAUAUUUUAUACAAGAUUGAUUCCACAUUGGUCAACUUAUCCUUUCUAGUGAUACACAAUCUUCAUGCUCUCUUCAGCUGAUUAAAAUAUCAUAGUAGUGAGUUGUAAGCCCCUAAAUUUUAAACAAGUGGCCCAGAUGUAACCAGUAAGUGUUUGCCAGAUAUGUGAUUAGUUAUGUUUAACAAAACUUUUAUGAAUAUAAAAUGUCACAAAGUUCAUACAUUAAAUAAAAAAUAAAAUAUUAGUA